UUAUUUUUUAAGAAACCAAGCAGUCUUAAAAUAAAACUAUUGGCCAAACAUGGUGUAAGCCAAAUUAACAUAUUAUUGAUAUCAGCUCAGGCCGCGGUCAACAACACCAACUGCUUGAUGAAAUGCUAAGAAGAAAGAACAUGGAGGAUUAGAAACCCUAAAAAAAAUCUGACAUUGAAAUUGAAGAAAUGCCAUUCAAUGGAGUAUUACUGGUGUCUGUAGCUAAAGCAUCAGCAGAAGUUUGGCAAUUUUUGUCAUGUCUAGCAGACCCAAUUGACAGCGACGAGCUUUUGGAUCUGGUCAUCUUUUUCCCUCUUCAACAAUUGGGUCGUUUAGCUCUUUGUGUUUGGACUUUCCUUUGUGUCCCUCCUGACCCUUAUUACUAUCGCCGUUACAAUUCUUCUGCUUCUUCUUCAUCUUCAUCACUUUAUGAUGACCAUGAUUUUGUUGCUUCGCCUCCUCCCCAAUAUUACUAUGAUUCUUCUUCUUCACGUUCGGAUUGACCAUCAUUGCCUAAUCUAUUCAACUUGUAAAGUUCCCUUCUUCCCUACCUUAUUUUCCUGCUAUUUUGCUUUUUUGUACCUGUUGUUGAUGUAGUGAAACUACUGUUGUGAUAAUCAUACUUGUUAUUGGAUAUUAAUAUGGAUUUAUUGAAUGUAUCUUACAUUUUACCCUUCUAAAA